AUGAAGAAUUCUAUUUAUGGUCUUGCUUUAGUCAAUUGCCUUUUUUCUUUAGAAGUGGGCGCAGCUUCAACCAGUUUCUCUACCCAGUCGCAAAUCGCUCAGCUCAAAAGGCACGUCGGAGCUGCAGCUCUUGCCCCGAAACCAAUUGAGAAAGAGCCAGAAAUCGAAACAUCAAUUGGCAGUUUGGAAAGCUCGUUUAACGCCAACACCCCAAAUCAUGUGCUACCCACGAAGACGAAUGAUGAAUCCUCGACUUCGGUCCUUCAGGCCAAUUCUCCUCCGCCAAAAAGACGUGCCAGAAGAGACCUGCUCGAUUUCUUUGCCAAAGCAAAAGCGAAAUCCUCUGGCAAGGCAGCAGCUUCCGCAACGGGCGCGGCGCAUGCUGCGAGACAAAUUAACCCUUUUCCACCAAACCCUCUCUUUUACUCCAUGGGCAACGAUUUGGGAUUCCAGCCGAUGUUUGGGGAUGAUCCAGAGUUCCCUGAAUCCAUGAUCACUGAUGGUUUUCCUCCGAUGGGGUUCCCGCAAUCAACCUCCAUGGCCUUUAGAGAAGAGUCAAGUUUCCCAUUCCGAUUCGAAGAUGAGGUUCCCUCCCCCAUGGAAUUCCCGGGCGCAUUCUUUGGAAAUUCUUUAGGGCCUCGGUCCAGCGUCUCACUUGAAAUGGAUGAAGAUGAGGCCCUUCCGCUCCGCUUCGCCAACGAUGUCUCUUCGAUGUCGGACUCCUCAAACACAGAUGAUGAGACUGAAUCAGAAGCAACUGUCGUAGUCGUACUUGAAAUAGAAGAGGAUACAACUCAAUCGGAAGAGCUCAUAAUUGUGGAGCUUUCAGACGAUGACGACGAGAGCACAUCAGAAUCUUCACAUUCCGUCUUAUUGUCAAUACGAGAUGACGAGGAUUUAUUAGCUGAAGACGAUAGUGACUCCGCAGAUGAUACCAUAAUUGUGGUGGAAAUAGAUGAAGACGCGCGAAUCCUCGCCCCAUUCCAGGAGGAUGAUUCACCAAUGGAUGACUGUUCGAACGAAGAUGGAGAGGAUCUAAGCUCGACAACAGUUUCAGACGAAUCAGAAGAAGAUCCCGACUGUUCCGACCUAACCAGCGAUGAUGAUGAGGUCGAUGAAGAUACUGGAUUGAAAAUAGCAUCAAUCGAAGCAGACGGUGAUUGUUCAAUCCAAUCCGACGAUGAUGAGGUGGAUGAAGAUACCGAAACUGAAGCUCUUAUAAUCGUCUUACCGGAAACCGUAGAGGACCCAACUUUGCUUUCCCAACCGGAGGAGGAGGGCCUCAUGACAGACGCAGAGGAUGCAACGAUCUCGGUAGCUCAGAUUUUCGUUGUAGUGGAUGCUAAUGUUUCACCGCCGUCUUUGCUCGUUCAAGGCGACCGACCGUCUAUAAGGGGCUCAACUUCAUUGGUGUCUGUAAACAAACUUGGUGCGCUUACUUCCCCCACAGCCUAAUAAGUGAAGAGGACGACAGCGAUGGGGGGC